CCGCCGUCUAUAUAUUCCGACCGCCGCGCCACAUUCCAUUCUCCCACCAGCACACCAUCCCCCGGAUUGUUGAUUACUCAUAGCUCUACGAGCGAGGAAGGAAAACUACGACAAUGUCUCAGCCUAACGCCGGCAACUCUCCUUCCUCCGCUCCCAACAGUCCUCCACCCGCCGCGGCGACCACCAGCCCCACCAAGAAGAGAUCAAGAGAAGUCGGUCAAACCUCCGGCAGCGGUAGCGCACCUCCCUCCCCUCCGUCAUCUCGCCUUGCCAUUGCUCAACCGGAGCGCUCAGCCGCCGUGGCGGUGGUCGUAGCAUCCCCUCCGCCACCUCCGGCACAGCCGAACACGCAGUGUUCGGUGUGCCAGAGGCGGUUCCAGAGCCGCCAGGCGUUGUUUGGGCACAUGAGGCUCCACAGCAAUCGCGGUUGGCGUGGGGCUUUCCCUCCUCCGGUUUUCAACCGUAGCGAGUUUGCCGAUGUGCAGCACGUGAUGGCUGUAGCUCGCGGCGAAGACGUGGCGGUGGGUGAAAAUGCUGUUAGGGUGGCUUUGCUGCCUCCUCCUCCGGCGGGUAAUGAAGCUCCUGCUCGUGGCGGCGAAGCACAUGUGCUACCGGAUCUCAACGAGCCGCAUUACCGUGUCCCAGAUUUAAACUUUCCUCCACCACCCGCUUAAGGAGAAACGUAAUGCCGCCGCAUGGGGUAGCGGUGGGUGGCGUGCAUGGUGAUGGACGUUCAACGCAUGCAUAAGAUAAUAUUUUUAUUUUUAUUAUGAAUAAAAGUAAUAUACGUAU